GAAGAGGCAGUUGCUGGCGCUGAGGCUGAUGGGGAGGAAGAAGCUGUUGAUGACGCUGACGCUGAGGUUGAGGGGGAAGAAGAAGCUGUUGAUAACGCUGAUUUGGAAACUGGAGAGACUGAAACUGACGAACUUAAUAUUGAGGAUGAUAUACAUCCAACAGACUCAAAUGAUAUUGUAGCUGAUGAUGAAGAAGAGCAAGAAUCAUAUGAAGAUGAACACAAUGGCCAUGAUGAUGUUAUUAAUGAAGAUGAAAGCUCCGAAAGUGAAGCUGCUGAAUCUGAAUUCGCUGAUUCUGUUGACUCUGCUGAUACUCUUGAACCAGAGCAAAUAGCUAGAGAACCUGAAUCCAGUGGAUUUAAAGAGGAAGAACCAGUUGAAGAAACAAUUAAUGAUACUUCAAAAGGUGAAUUGGAUAACAAUACCGAGGAUACAAUUGAUGAUAUUGACGAUUCUCGCCCAGAAGAUACACCUAUUAUUGAAAAUGACAUAGAAGAGGAAACUGGAGGUGAUAUUGAUGAUCCGCGUCCUGCCGAUUUACCUCACGCCGACGCUGUUGACGAAAGAGAUAUUGAGACUGAUACUGAAGCAACAGAUAGUUAUAUCGUCGAUGAUUCAACAUUCGACCACAUCGAUGUCAGCAUGCAAUCUUUUUCAGCGUCAUCUAGUAGCAAACACAAAGUCGAUCCUAAUGAAAGUGGUACUCAAACAAGUACUACAUUUACUAAGCGUCAAAGUAUUUCUAGUGCUGAGGAAAGCAUUGUCACUAAGCCUUUCACCAGCAAGCAAGCCACUAUUCAAUCAUCCCGUAAUAAAGUAACUACUAAAUCACCCGCCAUUGAUUCGCCAACUACUGAACCUUCCAGUACCACACCAACUACUAUUAAACCUUCUACGUCUAGAAGUUUUGUUUCGAAAGCUUCUUCCAAGGUUUUGUCUAGCCAUGACCCAAAUAAAAAAAAGAAGGUGAAAUCAUCUGAGGUAACUACACCAGCAAGCACUGAAAAUACAACUGUUGGGGCUCCUAAAACAUCUGUCUUGAGUAGUAAAAUAUCCUCAAUUACAUCUGUCCCUCAAUCAAAAAUAAAAAAUGCUACUAGGUCCAGUAGCAAAAAGACCAGAAUUCCAAAGAAAAGUCUCAGUAAAAGACUGACGAAAAGUCGAACUGUAAAACCUAAACCAACAAGUCAAUUACAUGAUGAGUUGUAG